AAGUGUAUCAACAUUGGGUGGUCAAUAAUAACCAAUAAGUCAUCCAUAAACUAAGAAAGAACAAAAAAAAAAAAGAAAAAAAUUAAAUAAUAAGUAUUUCUUCUAUUCUUCAAAACCCAAAAACAGAUCCUCCCCAAGUUAAUAAUGGCUGCUCAAAUGGCAAAUUUAUAUGGUGUAACAGAGAGCUUACCAACUGCCAUUCCUAAGGUUCCCAACUUACAAAGGAACUAUCCCAAAUCAUACAAAAUAAAAUGCCAAUCCAAAAAUACUGAGGAAAUUCAUCAAAAUGAACAACAAUCUUCAUCAAUGGGAUACAACAAUACAUUAAGAUCUAGAAGAACAGUUUUAGGCAUUGCUUCAAUUGGUAUACUUACUCAAUUUGGUGUUAAUCCUUCUCUUGCUUUUAACCAAGAUGAAUUAUGGUUAACUGGCCCACUUCCUGGUUUACCGCCAGCUGAAAAUAAGAUUAGCAAUGAAGAAACAGGAACAAGGUCAUUUCUAAAGAAGGGAAUUUACAUGGCAAACAUAGGAACAAAAGGAAGUGCAUUAAGGCUCAAGAAAUAUGCCUUUGAUCUCUUGGCAAUGGGUGAUUUAAUAAGCCAAGAUACCUUAAAUUAUGUCAGAAAGUACCUUCGCUUUAAGGGCACCUUCAUGUACUAUGAUUUUGAUAAGAUCAUCUCUGCUGCUCCUGUUACAGACAAACAGCCUCUUACUGACCUUGCCAACCGCCUCUUCAACAACUUCGAAAAGCUUGAAGAUGCUGUAAAAGUGAAGGAUGUAUCUCUAACACAAUCUUGCUACAAUGAUACGGCAAUCAUCCUUCAAGACGUGAUGGAUAGAAUGGCGUAGUCAUCUGCAAGUAAUCUUGGAGAAAAAUAUCAACACAUUUACAUAUGAAUCAUGAAUUAGCAAGAAUCAUUGAUGCAAUCAGGGUUAUUGUGUAAAUUGUAACUUAUGCAUUAUUGAUCAUCAAAUCAACUGUGAAAACGCCCCAAUUGUACAAACACGAGUUCAAUUACUGUUUUCAUAUUGCUUCAAUGUUGAAA